AUGCAAUUGUUACUCCUUGUCGCUGUCUCGUUUGCUUUUCCUGCAUGCACCCAUGUCGUCGUGGCUAUUGCGGAGACCGAUCAAGUUGAGAGACCAUUGAGCACGACCACUAACCACUCUCUCAUUCCGGCCUUCACGUUCCACAAUAUGGUGGCGAAGGACAGCCGCUUUAACAGCGAUCGAGAAGACGAAAAAGCAGCCGCAUCGGUCGCCGACGGCGAAGAGCGGAUGCUUGAACAGUUUUCUAAUGCCCUCAGUGGCAUUGUAGCAGCCACGGUCGAAAAGGGUGCUCUCGAAGUUGCCAGAGUCGCUCAGGCCGAGAGCAGUCUCGCAACUAAGGUAGCAGGGCGUCUACCAGCCGCUGGACCUGUUAAAGCUCUCCCAGUCGCUCUAGCUGCUAAGAUUGCGAAACCACGAGCUACGAAAGGCACCGGAAAGAAAAAAUUAUCAUUCCUGAAGGCGUCGGUCUCGGAAGGGAAGGCCGCGAAACACGAAAUCUCUAAACCUGCGGUCGCUACUAAAGCCAAGACCAACAAACGUGGUUAUCGACUCAUCAUCAAUCGAUAUGACGUUCAAGAGCGGGACAAGGUUGACAAGUAUGAGUUGGAUGGGCUCAACGGUAUCGCACGUGAUCAAGCCUCUAAAAUCGAGAGACGGCCUAGGAUGGCAGCGACCAUCCGCAGUGCGAAAAAAAGAGCCCCUGUCAAGAAGGAGGGAACCGAGGGGGGUGAGACAUCCCUGGUGAUUCCAAAAGAAGCUGAAAAGUAG